AGGGGCAGAAGCAGGGCCAUGCCCAAGCCACCCCCGAGAUCCCCCUGAACCUGCACCUCCAUCACAACACAUUCAGGUGCCUCCAGGAGCCCAGACAUCAGCCCCCCACCAUGGGCAGCAAGGAGCGCUUCCACUGGCAGAGCCACAACGUGAAGCAGAGCGGCGUGGACGACAUGGUGCUUCUUCCCCAGAUCACCGAAGACGCCAUCGCCGCCAACCUCCGGAAGCGCUUCAUGGACGACUACAUCUUCACCUACAUCGGCUCCGUGCUCAUCUCCGUAAACCCCUUCAAGCAGAUGCCCUACUUCACCGACCGUGAGAUCGACCUCUAUCAGGGCGCGGCCCAGUAUGAGAAUCCCCCGCACAUCUACGCCCUCACGGACAACAUGUACCGGAACAUGCUUAUCGACUGUGAGAACCAGUGUGUCAUCAUUAGUGGAGAGAGUGGAGCUGGGAAGACAGUGGCAGCCAAAUACAUCAUGGGCUACAUCUCUAAGGUGUCUGGCGGAGGCGAGAAGGUCCAGCACGUCAAAGAUAUCAUCCUGCAGUCCAACCCGCUGCUCGAGGCCUUCGGCAACGCCAAGACUGUGCGCAACAACAAUUCCAGCCGCUUUGGCAAGUACUUUGAGAUCCAGUUCAGCCGAGGUGGGGAGCCAGAUGGGGGCAAGAUCUCCAACUUCUUGCUGGAGAAGUCCCGCGUGGUCAUGCAAAAUGAAAAUGAGAGGAACUUCCACAUCUACUACCAGCUGCUGGAAGGGGCCUCCCAGGAGCAAAGGCAGAACCUGGGCCUCAUGACACCGGACUACUAUUACUACCUCAACCAAUCGGACACCUACCAGGUGGACGGCACGGACGACAGAAGCGACUUUGGUGAGACUCUGAGUGCUAUGCAGGUCAUUGGGAUCCCGCCCAGCAUCCAGCAGCUGGUCCUGCAGCUCGUGGCGGGGAUCUUGCACCUGGGGAACAUCAGUUUCUGUGAAGACGGGAAUUACGCCCGCGUGGAGAGUGUGGACCUCCUGGCCUUUCCCGCCUACCUGCUGGGCAUUGACAGCGGGCGACUGCAAGAGAAGCUGACCAGCCGCAAGAUGGACAGCCGCUGGGGCGGGCGCAGUGAGUCCAUCGAUGUGACCCUCAACGUGGAGCAGGCAGCCUACACCCGUGAUGCCCUGGCCAAGGGGCUCUAUGCCCGCCUCUUCGACUUCCUCGUGGAGGCCAUCAACCGUGCUAUGCAGAAACCCCAGGAAGAGUACAGCAUCGGUGUGCUGGACAUUUACGGCUUCGAGAUCUUCCAGAAAAAUGGCUUCGAGCAGUUUUGCAUCAACUUCGUCAAUGAGAAGCUGCAGCAAAUCUUUAUUGAACUCACCCUGAAGGCCGAGCAGGAGGAGUACGUGCAGGAAGGCAUCUGCUGGACUCCAAUCCAGUACUUCAACAACAAGGUCGUCUGUGACCUCAUCGAAAACAAGCUGAGCCCCCCAGGCAUCAUGAGCGUCUUGGACGACGUGUGUGCCACCAUGCACGCCACGGGCGGGGGAGCAGACCAGACACUGCUGCAGAAGUUGCAGGCGGCCGUGGGGACCCACGAGCAUUUCAACAGCUGGAGUGCCGGCUUCGUCAUCCACCACUACGCUGGCAAGGUCUCCUACGAUGUCAGCGGCUUCUGCGAGAGGAACCGAGACGUUCUCUUCUCCGACCUCAUAGAGCUGAUGCAGACCAGUGAGCAGGCCUUCCUCCGGAUGCUCUUCCCUGAGAAGCUGGAUGGAGACAAGAAGGGGCGCCCCAGCACCGCCGGCUCCAAGAUCAAGAAACAAGCCAACGACCUGGUGGCCACGCUGAUGAGGUGCACACCCCACUACAUCCGCUGCAUCAAACCCAACGAGACCAAGAGGCCCCGAGACUGGGAGGAGAACAGGGUCAAGCACCAGGUAGAAUACCUGGGCCUGAAGGAGAACAUCAGGGUGCGCAGAGCCGGCUUCGCCUACCGCCGCCAGUUUGCCAAGUUCCUGCAGAGGUAUGCCAUUCUGACCCCCGAGACGUGGCCGCGGUGGCGUGGGGACGAACGCCAGGGCGUCCAGCACCUGCUUCGGGCGGUCAACAUGGAGCCCGACCAGUACCAGAUGGGGAGCACCAAGGUCUUUGUCAAGAACCCAGAGUCGCUUUUCCUCCUGGAGGAGGUGCGAGAGCGAAAGUUCGACGGCUUUGCCCGAACCAUCCAGAAGGCCUGGCGGCGCCACGUGGCUGUCCGGAAGUACGAGGAGAUGAGGGAGGAAGCUUCCAACAUCCUGCUGAACAAGAAGGAGCGGAGGCGCAACAGCAUCAAUCGGAACUUCGUCGGGGACUACCUGGGGCUGGAAGAGCGGCCCGAGCUGCGUCAGUUCCUGGGCAAGAGGGAGCGGGUGGACUUCGCCGACUCGGUCACCAAGUACGACCGCCGCUUCAAGCCCAUCAAGCGGGACUUGAUCCUGACGCCCAAGUGUGUGUAUGUGAUUGGGCGAGAGAAAGUGAAGAAGGGACCUGAGAAGGGCCAGGUGUGUGAAGUCUUGAAGAAGAAGCUGGACAUCCAGGCUCUGCGGGGAGUCUCCCUCAGCACGCGACAGGACGACUUCUUCAUCCUCCAAGAGGACGCCGCCGACAGCUUCCUGGAGAGCGUCUUCAAGACCGAGUUUGUCAGCCUUCUGUGCAAGCGCUUCGAGGAGGCGACGCGGAGGCCCCUGCCCCUCACCUUCAGCGACACACUACAGUUUCGGGUGAAGAAGGAGGGCUGGGGCGGUGGCGGCACCCGCAGCGUCACCUUCUCCCGCGGCUUCGGCGACUUGGCAGUGCUCAAGGUUGGCGGUCGGACCCUCACGGUCAGCGUGGGCGAUGGGCUGCCCAAGAGCUCCAAGCCUACGCGGAAGGGAAUGGCCAAGGGAAAACCUCGGAGGUCGUCCCAGGCCCCUACCCGGGCGGCCCCUGCGCCCCCCAGAGGCAUGGAUCGCAAUGGGGUGCCCCCCUCUGCCAGAGGGGGCCCCCUGCCCCUGGAUCAUGUCUGGAGGGGGCACCCACAGGCCUCCCCGGCCCUCCGUCCACAUCCCUGAGCCAGCAGACGACCCCGGGCACAUCCGCCCUCAGAGCGCAACACAGAAUUCCUCAACGUGCCUGACCAGGGCAUGGCCGGCAUGCAGAGGAAGCGCAGCGUGGGGCAACGGCCAGUGCCUGGUGUGGGCCGACCCAAGCCCCAGCCUCGGACACAUGGCCCUAGGUGCCGGGCCCUGUACCAAUACGUGGGCCAAGAUGUGGACGAGCUGAGCUUCAACGUGAACGAAGUCAUCGAGAUCCUCAUGGAAGAUUCCUCGGGCUGGUGGAAGGGCCGGCUUCACGGCCAGGAGGGCCUUUUCCCAGGAAACUACGUGGAGAAGAUCUGAGCUGGGCCCUGGGAUUCUGCCUUCUCUUUCGCCCGCCUGUCUGCCUGCCUGGUGGGGAGCCAGGCCCUGCCAAUGAGAGCCUCAUUUACCUGGGCUACAGUGGCCUCAAAGUCCAGUCCUGUGGCCUCCAGUCCUGCCCAGGCCCUGGGUCAGUGGGUCACGGCUGCAGCCCCUGCCCCUGGGCCCUGGUCUUCCUCCAACAUCACACCUGCUGCCCAUUCUCCAUUUCUGCGUGUGUCAAAUGGGACUAACAGCAGAAUCUGCCUCCCAACUGCCAUGUGAUUAAGAAAUGGGUCUUGAGUCCUGUGCUGUUGGCAAAGUGCCAGGCACAGUUUGGGGGGGUCCUUGACAAGCGUGACUUUGCUCAUUCUGUCAUCACUAAGGCAAUAAACGUUUGCCAGGGGCCGGGCGCGGUGGCUCACGCCUGUAAUCCCAGCACUUUGGGAGGCCGAGGUGGGCGGAUCACGAGGUCAGGAGAUCAAGACCUUCCUGGCUAACACGGUGAAACCCCAUCUCUACUAAAAAUACAAAAACAAAUUAGCCGGGCGCGGUGGUGGGCGCCUGUAGUCCCAGCUACUCGGGAGGCUGAGGCAGGAGAAUGGCGUGAACCCGGGAGGUGGAGUUUGCAGUGAGCCGAGAUAGCGCCACUGCACUCCAGCCUGGGCAACAGAGCAAGACUCUGUCUCAAAAAAAAAAAAAAAAGUUUGCCAGGUGAAAGCAUGAGUUAACUUACUAAGUGCCCAACAAGGACGAUGUUUUCACAACCCUGUGAGGUAGGAGCUGUGAAGGACCCCAUCUUACAGGUGGAACAAUGGAGGUUCGGAGAGGUUCACUGACCCAAGACUGCACAGAGCCAUGCCUUGCAUUCAUAUGUGACCACAAAGCUUGAAUUUGUCUCAGUUUGGGCCGGGCGCAGUGGCUCACACCUGUAAUCCCAGCACUUUGGGAGGCUGAGGCGGGCAGAUCACAUGAGAUCAGGAAUUCAAGACCAGCCUGGAUGACACAGCAAAACCCUGUUUCUACUAAAAAUUAAAAAAAUAAAAAAGCCA